AUGUGGCUGCUCCUGUAUACAGGCGCGGUCCGUCGCGGAGGUGCGCUCUCGGCACGCGCCUCUGCGGUGGAGGACAUCCGCAAGGUGCUGUCUGACAGCAGCAGCCCGGUGGCGGGGCAGAAGUACGACUACAUUCUGGUCGGCGGCGGCACCGCGGCCUGCGUGCUGGCCAAUCGCCUGUCCGCCGACGGCUCCAAGCGUGUGCUGGUGCUGGAAGCCGGCCCCGACAACACCUCGCGCGACGUCAAGAUCCCCGCCGCCAUCACCCGCCUCUUCCGCAGCCCCCUCGACUGGAACCUCUUCUCCGAGCUGCAGGAGCAGCUGGCGGAGCGCCAGAUCUACAUGGCGCGCGGCCGGCUGCUGGGCGGCAGCAGCGCCACCAAUGCCACGCUGUACCACCGCGGCGCGGCGGGCGACUAUGAUGCCUGGGGCGUGGAGGGCUGGAGCUCGGAGGACGUGCUCAGCUGCGCUUCUCUCGCCCGUCGCUCGCCUGCAGGCCCUGGCGCGUACCACGGCAGCGGCGGCCCUAUGCGUGUCGAGAACCCACGCUACACCAACAAGCAGCUGCACACCGCCUUCUUCAAGGCCGCAGAGGAGGUGGGGCUUACCCCAAACAGCGAUUUCAACGACUGGAGCCACGAUCAUGCUGGGUACGGUACCUUCCAGGUCAUGCAGGACAAGGGCACACGUGCCGACAUGUACCGGCAGUACCUCAAGCCCGUGCUGGGCCGCAGAAACCUGCAGGUGCUGACCGGCGCGGCCGUGACCAAGGUCAACAUUGACCAGGCUGCAGGCAAGGCGCAGGCUCUGGGUGUGGAGUUCUCAACCGACGGGCCCACAGGUGGCGCUGAGCUGGCGCCAGGCGGCGAGGUGAUCAUGUGUGCCGGCGCCGUGCACACGCCCUUCCUGCUCAAGCACAGCGGCGUGGGGCCCUCGGCGGAGCUCAAGGAGUUUGGCAUCCCGGUGGUUUCCAACCUGGCAGGUGUGGGUCAGAACCUGCAGGACCAGCCCGCCUGCCUGACCGCGGCGCCGGUCAAGGAAAAGUAUGAUGGCAUCGCCAUCAGCGGUGAGCGAAACUCGCUUUUGGGACAAGCGACGAUCUACCUGCUGGGCGGCCGCGGCGGCCUCACAUCCACCGGAUGCGACCGCGGCGCCUUUGUGCGCACGGCAGGCCAGGCGCUGCCAGAUCUGCAGGUGCGCUUUGUGCCGGGCAUGGCGCUGGACCCGGAUGGCGUGUCCACGUAUGUGCGCUUUGCCAACGGCAUCACCAUGCAGCUGAUCGCCUGCCGCCCGCAAAGCACGGGCAGCGUGGGCCUCAAGAGUGCCGACCCCUUUGCGCCGCCCAAGCUGAGCCCCGGCUAUCUGACGGACAAGGACGGCGCUGACCUGGCCACGCUCCGCAAGGGCAUCCACUGGGCGCGCGACGUGGCGCGCAGCAGCGCGCUCAGCGAGUACCUGGAUGGCGAGCUGUUCCCCGGCAGCGGAGUGGUGAGCGAUGAUCAGAUUGAUGAGUACAUCCGCCGCAGCAUCCAUAGCUCCAACGCCAUCACAGGCACAUGCAAGAUGGGCAAUGCCGGCGACAGCAGCAGCGUGGUGGACAACCAGCUGCGGGUGCACGGUGUGGAGGGCCUGCGGGUGGUGGAUGCCUCGGUGGUGCCCAAGAUCCCAGGUGGCCAGACGGGCGCGCCAGUGGUGAUGAUUGCGGAGCGCGCCGCCGCGCUGUUGACUGGCAAGGCGACGAUCGGGGCGAGCGCUGCGGCCCCGGCGACAGUGGCAGCAUGA